UUUUCCACUCGCCAUUUCUCUCCCCAUUCUCAAUCUCUCUCUGUUUCUCUCCGAUGCCUCCUUUCCGAAUUUCCUCUCUGUUCAUUCUCCUCCUCUUCACGGCGGCGACAGCGGCGGAAGGGAGAGAAAUUGGAGGAUUAGAGGAAUUGGAGGCGGAGGAAGCGCGGCGGAGAGAAGCUGAUAGAGUCACCGAUUUGCCAGGGCAGCCACCGGUAAAUUUCCGCCACUACUCCGGCUACGUCAAACUCCGUCCGGAGCGAGAAGAUGAGGAAAAGGCAUUGUUCUAUUGGUUCUUCGAAGCCGAAAACCAAACCGACGUCGCUCGCAAACCCCUCGCUCUUUGGCUCAACGGAGGGCCAGGCUGCUCAUCCAUAGCCUACGGAGCUGCCCAAGAGCUGGGCCCCUUCCUUGUUCACAGCAAUGGCCAAUUAAAACUCAAUAAUUUCUCUUGGAACAAAGCUGCAAAUAUUAUAUUCUUGGAGGCGCCGGUCGGAGUCGGAUUUUCCUAUACCAAUAAAUCAUCGGAUUUAUAUAAGCUCGGUGAUAAAGUCACGGCCGAAGAUUCCUACGCCUUUCUCAUCGGUUGGUUCAAAAGAUUCCCAAGUUUCAAACUCCAUGAUUUCUAUCUAGCUGGAGAGAGUUACGCGGGUCACUAUGUUCCUCAGCUAGCUGAGCUGAUUCACAAGAGAAAUCAGAAUUCUUCGAAGGAUAUGUUUAUUAAUCUCAAGGGCUUUAUGAUCGGGAAUGCUGCGAUCAACGACGAGACGGAUUCGAAGGGAAUGAUUGAGUACGCAUGGAGCCAUGGGAUUAUUUCUGAUAAACUUUACCAUAGUAUAGUUAAUGACUGCCAGUUUGCACCUGAAGCCAACUCUGAGUCUGUUAACCAAACAGCAACAGGCCACUGUGAUGAUCAUCUCAUAGCCUUCUUGUUGGCUUACUCUGAUAUUGAUAUUUAUAGCAUUUAUGCUCCUAUUUGCCUCUCUCCUUCUUCUUCUUCGACUUUCUCGAGCUUUGUCGGUGGUGCUCCUCGAAUCUUUUCGAAACACGAGCUGUGGCAUAAACUUCCAUCGGGCUACGAUCCAUGUACGGAAGGUUAUACAAAAAAAUUCUUCAACAGAGACGACGUUCAAAGGGCUCUUCAUGCUAACGUUACAGCACUAUCGUAUCCUUAUACUCCCUGCAGUGGUGUGAUUAAGCAAUGGACAGAUUCAACGGACUCGGUGUUGCCUAUCAUUCACAAGCUCCUCAAUGUCGGCUUGCGUAUAUGGGUUUACAGCGGAGACACGGAUGGACGGGUUCCGAUAACGUCGACGAGGUACAGCAUAAACAAGAUGGGGUUGGAAAUAGAAGAAGAGUGGAGGGCAUGGUACCAUAAGCAUCAAGUGGCUGGUUGGGUUGAGACCUACAAGGGAGGGCUCACCUUGGCUAGUGUGAGAGGGGCAGGCCAUCAAGUCCCUGUUUUUGCUCCUCAACAAUCCCUCUCCCUUUUCUCUCAUUUCCUUUCUACCAACACUUUGCCCACCGCUCGCUCGUUCUCCACUUUUCCCUCUCCACAUUCAUUCUCCUUUUUCUCUCUCUACAAUUCCAAACAGAGAGACCAGAAUUAUUGCCGUUCGUCGCCGAUGCCUCAUUCCGGGAAUUUGUUGCCGUUGUUCUUCACUUUACUGUUCUUAACGGCGGUGGUUUUCUCGUCGGAGAUCGGCGGAGAGGAAUUGGACGACGGAGAUUCACGGCGACGAGAGGCCGACGAAGUCAUCGACUUGCCGGACCAGCCCCCGGUGGAGUUCCGGCAUUACGCCGGCUAUAUCAAACUCCGGCCGAGCGAAGAGAAGGCUCUGUUUUACUGGUUCUUUGAAGCUCAAAACGACGUCGCUCUUAAGCCCCUUGUUCUCUGGCUCAAUGGAGGACCAGGCUGCUCCUCCAUAGCUUAUGGAGCUGCUCAAGAACUCGGCCCCUUCCUUGUUCAGAGCAAUGGGAAGCUAAAACUCAACCCGUUCUCUUGGAAUAAGGCUACAAAUAUGUUAUUUUUGGAGGCACCGGUAGGAGUGGGAUUCUCUUAUACCAAUAAAUCAUCAGAUUUGUAUAAGCUCGGUGAUCAAGUCACAGCUGAAGAUUCUUAUACCUUUCUUAUUGGCUGGUUCAAAAGGUUCCCGAGUUUCAAAUUCCAUGAUUUCUAUAUAGCUGGAGAGAGCUAUGCUGGACAUUAUGCUCCCCAACUUGCUGAGCUGAUUCAUGAGAGAAACAAAAAUUCUAGCAAAGACUUGAUUAUCAACCUCAAGGGCAUAAUGAUUGGAAAUGCAGCCAUUAACGAUGAAACAGACACAAUGGGAAUGGUGGAGUAUGCAUGGAGUCAUGCCAUAAUAUCAGAUCAACUCCAUGCCAACAUCUUCAAAGAAUGCAAUUUCUCGGUCGAUAUUGAAAACCUAACACUUUCUUGCCUCAAUUACUACAGAGAUUUUCUUGUUUCAUACUCCAAAAUUGAUAUCUAUAACAUCUACGCUCCUACCUGCCUCUCCUCUUCUUUGGACUCGGUGUUUCGACUCGUCAGUGCUGCUCCUCGAACCUUCUCAAAAUACUUAUGGAGUAAGAUACCGAGAGGGUACGAUCCAUGUACGGCAAAUUAUGCAGAAAAGUAUUUCAAUAGAGCGGAUGUUCAAAGGGCUCUCCAUGCUAAUGUUACCAAACUUUCUUAUCCUUAUACCCCGUGCAGCAAUGUGAUCGAAGAUUGGAUUGAUUCUCCUAAUUCUGUCUUGCCCAUCAUUCACAAGUUACUUCAAGCACGAUACCGCAUUUGGAUUUACAGCGGUGACACGGAUGGAAGAAUACCGGUAACGUCAACUAGAUAUAGCAUAAAGAGAAUGAAUUUGAAGGUCGAAGAAGAAUGGAGGGCAUGGUUCGAAAGGCGUCAAGUAGCUGGUUGGGUUGAAACCUACCAAGAAGGUCUCACCUUGGCUACCAUUAGAGGGGCAGGCCACCAAACCCCCGUCUUUGCUCCUCGACAGUCGCUCGCUCUAUUCAUUUACUUUCUCUCGGGCAACCGUUUGCCCAUAGCUUCCAAAAUUAUUUAAACUUUCGACUUUAAGAGAUGUAAUGCACGUCAAUCACUUGUAUGAUACCUAUCUUUAUCCCACGCUUUUCCAUUUAUGUAGAAUAUUUUUGGACUAAAUAUAUUUUCCGUCCCUAUCCCCGUC